CGCGUUCCAACGCUCUAAGGACUUCUUGCCCUCGCCUUUCUGGUACCCUGCCAUAAGCUGAGUAAGGAACGAAGGUCGAACGAGGAGCAAAGGUGGCCAACGAUGGGUUCGGACGGGAUGCAGAUUACAAUUCCAGACUUUCACGACGAUGAUGACACGUUCCAAUCUACUCCCCUGUUUGGACGUGCCCAGCAGGCAAGUCUAUGGGGUAGCUCCAGCUCCGGCCUCGAGUCUCCGACGAUCAUGACGCCUCAGGCGACAACGGAGAGGCUGGGAGGCUCGUACUUCCACUCGCGAGGGGACUCUGUAGCGUCGCAAGACUCUGGGCAGUCUAUCCAAUAUACGACGAAGAAGGCGAAGGCCCCGUUCACGCACUCGACCCAGUCCUCUGUUGCUACCACGAGCAGCUCGCCGUUCACGAAAAAGACGUCCUUCGCUUCCCUCCGCAACGCGUUCAAGAGCGCGAAGUUCAGCGAGCCGCCCCCGUUGCCGCCUCUGGAUCAUCAGGCGUACCCUGUGCUGAAGAACCCGUUCAAUCGGUCGACUUCCUCCCUUGCGCAGAACCCUCCCGUACCACAGAGGGCGCAGACGAUGAACGCGAGCCCGCCUCACUUCGGGCGACCGGCCACACCUGGAAGCGGGGAAGGGAGGGCGCGAACACCGAAGCAGAAGGAUCACCAGUAUGCGCGGUCCCAGCACUCGCAUUCAGGCUCGUUAUUCCAUGCUUCGGAUGGCGGGAGCGAUGUGGGCUUCUCCUACCCUUUCUCGUCCUCCCCGCCACCGGUACCGCCUAUGCCGAACGCGUUCGGGGGCCACAUAGACGAUGGAAGUUCCUUCUCGGAUGCUGAGGAUAAAGUCGUCCUCGACCCCCGGACUCCUUCGGAUUAUGCGCUUCACGCUAUUUUUAUUCGCUUCGCUGCUUCUGCGGAAACGCACAUUGAUGAAAUUUUGCGAUUACCGGUGGACCGCGAUGUUCACCUUGAAGACUACAUGGGUCCAGGCGUGGAUGAGAAAUUCGAUGACAUCCUCUCUUCUCUGGGCAAGGUCGCGCAACGUCAUGCAAAGCCGGUCGUGGACUCCAUCAUGCGCUGGCGGAAGAGCCAAAAUGAGCCAGCUGACCCCGAUUUGAUUCGUCACCACCACUCGCAGUCGCCAUCCGCCUCCCGCGCUAUUCGCAUGCCAGACGUGACUCAGAUGCUGAACGAACGGAAGUGGCUCGCGGCCAUGUACAUCAUGUGUCGUGCGCUCAUUGCGGUGACCCGGUCUAUUGCGAAGGACAGCCUCCCGGAGCAGGUGGGGCACAACUUGGAGGAGCUGACGUUCGAUCAAUUCAAAAGGUAUGGCAUGAAGCUGUCGAUGCAGUCUUCGAAUCAUCGAUGUAUUGCCGAGUUGCAUGCCGCGCUUCUUGGGCAGCUCUCUGACAUUCGCUUUGAGAGUGUCACGGAUCGCUUUUUGACCGAGCUCGCUCCCGUUGCGGCGGGACAGGUCUCUAAGGAUGCCGACUUGAAAUAUGAGAACAUUGUCAAAGGGUUGAGAAAUAUCAACAUCAAGGUGUGGCCGCCGGAGCGCUUCGAGGAGGGCGCAGAGUUCCUAGCGUCACUGUCUAAGUCGUUCGAGAACGCUCAUGGAAACCGUCUCAAGACGAUAUUCGCUGAGACUUUGGUCCAGAUCUUGCAUCCAAUUGGCAAGACGGCGCAAGCGGAGGUCAAUCAUCCCGAAUGGGCCAAGGCAAUGGAGGUGAUCUAUCCGAAGGCUAAGGAUAUGAUGGCAAAACCCCGCUAUUGGCACGUAGCCUAUCCUCUGGCUGUGACUGCCCUGUGCGUCGCACCACACGAGUUCUUCCUCCGUAACUGGUAUACUUGCUUCGAAGCUGGUCUUGGCAAACUAAAGGAGAAGAUCUUCCGAGUCCCCGUCUUGAAUGGCAUGCUAAGGCUGCUAUGGACGUACCUGUACCGUUGUCACGAACCUAUAUCUACAGCCUCAGCGAAGCUCGACACCAUUCUCAAACAUGUCUUCCCACCCAACCGAGUCGCGGUAACUCCCCAUGACGAACAUCUCCAGCCAUUCAUUUGCAUCGUCCAUUUCGUUCUUUCCCGCCACUUCGACGUCGGCAGCGAGCUUUGUCUCGACCUUCUGCAGGAGCGCUUCAUGAAUUCGCAGACGGGCCAGGCUUCGCACACCCUGGCUCCAGAGAGGAUUACCAUCGCGACCCAAGCCAUCCUGCUCUCGUUGAACCUCAUUGAACGGGAAGAACCCCUACCUGCUUGGCCGUCGAGCGCCGAUUUCUCCAGCAUACCAUCCCCCGAUGACUACCCUUCCUCUUCUACACCCCUCCCUGCGUCGAUUGCGUCGAAGGCUAGUUGGUCGGAUUUUUUGGACCGAGCUACCACUUGCUUGAACCUUAUUGCCCUCGGCUGCUACCAAGUCGUUGGUAGGUGGUCGGUCUUGGACGAUCAGUGGACGACGUCUCGCCUCGGUCCCAAUUACGAGGAUGUACAUAACCAUGUUGUCCGUAAUCAUCCUGAGGGCUCCAUAGCAUACUCGGACCAGUACGCUUCCCACAUCCACGUUCUCCAGGUCAUCUUCCAAUCCUGGCCUCGAUGUCUACACGCCUCCCUGUCCAUGGAAGAAGUCUUCAACAUGCUCAUUCGCAGUGUCAUCCACAUUGAACCCGCCGUCGGUGAGGCGGCCAGGCUUGCCUUGCAGCGCUUCAUGGCAGAGCCGGCGCACGCGUCCGUCCUCCUCGCGCGCUUCUCGACCUUCCUCUUCGCACCGGCUGCCAUUACGCAGGAGAGCUAUGGCUUCAGGCUACCAGUUGAAUGCACUCGCCUCCUAGAUCUCUGGUAUAGUUUCGUUGAGCAGUGGAUCAACGAAAUGAGACGGAGGGCAUUCCACACCUGGACAGUUGAGGAGGCAGAAAUCGUGGUCGCGCGGGCAGAAGAGAUUGAGCUUGGAGCUCUUUUCCUGUUAGCUCAUGUGAAGCAGAAUGCGUUCACGACUGGUAUCAAGACCCUGCGCUUGCUCAAGCUCCUAAUGGUCCACAUGCACCCGGAACCCUCAACGCCUACUUCAAUCCCCCCCAGCGAAUUGUUCGCCACCGUGCAAGCGCUCUUCGAAGAAGACGCCGCCGAUGCCCUGUUUCGCGGCUUGGACGAAAUCCUGGAGGCUGAAGAGCUUGAACGCUUAAAGCACUGGAGGAGGUCGUCCUCUUCGAACAAGCUCCUUCGCCUAGCUGAAAGCGAACAUGUGCUGGAUCGGGCAUUGUGGAGGGACGUCUACCCUAUUUUCAUACGACGCUGUUUGGACUCCGCCCCUUCGGUUGUGAUUGGCCUGCGGGAGAAGCUAGUGGCGGCAGCUGCUCGUGGGACGCAUCUCAUGCAGCAGCUCUCAGGCGUGUCGUCCAGGGUUCCUAGCAAUGCUCCACAGCGUACGGGUUCGUCUGGGGAAGGGCAGCUUUUGGUACCUCAGCACAAGGACUUUGUCUACCAGUGGUGGAUCUGGGUCAAGAUCAUCUGCGCGACAGCGUCAGUGUCCGACUCGCGACCUCCGAUGGGCGGUAUGCGGGACCACUCUCGCGCUCGAUCGGAUUCCGAGCUGGGACCGGAGCAGAUGCAGACGACUCACGACCUCUUCUGGGCCCUUAGCAAAUUCCUCGAUACUGACUUCCCGGUUGUCCGCGACACGGCCGUGUCGUGUAUCAGCUCGUUUCCUGCCAAUGCCUACUCUCAUCUGCUUGAGGAUCUGCAUAAACUACACACAAGACAACACUACGAUGACCCGCGACUGAAGGGUGCCACAGCUGCGCCUAUGAUCGGGAAGUUACGCAGACAGGAGCGCUUCCUAGCCGCGAUUGCUCGCAUAUACUACCUAACCGCGCAUUACCUCCAAGAACAGAGGUCAUCUGGGAAGCAAGCGGCGCUAACGUACGUCCUACAGUACGUCCGGAAGACUCAUGGAUUCCUCGUCUCUGCGGAACACCGGGAUCGGUGGUUCAUGCAGCGUUUGCGGCGAUAUUUCUGCGGCACCAUUGAGCGUGUGUUCGAUGCGCUGGCGACGCUCAAGGAUUCCGACCGAUUCAUCCCUCCGAACCUCUACUUGGCGCUUUAUACCAUGUGCGAGGAGUGGUGUCAGCUAGGCAAGCAGUCCGACGAUGUCAAGAAACGUCUAGUGUACAUGCAGACCAUGGCAGCGAAGUCGUACACUACUGCUGCCGAUCAAGCAGAUGUCAUCCAGAAAUUCCAGACGGAGACCCGGUUGCUCUCGCAUGCUGCUAUCGGCGCAAUGGCUGCGGUCUGCCAAAAGGCCUUCUUUCCACCUGACGUGGAUACAGGUUCUCCUACGGAUCGCCAAGUGCUUGACUUCGUGAAGCCACUGCAAGCCGGCCCAACCCUCGACCGACUGACGGCGAUACUCGCUUCCUUCCAUGAACCGAAUCAGAAGGCGGCCAAGAAAGCGUUACGUGCGCUGUUAUCUCACCAUCGAUGCAGCCCCACUUUCCUUGACGAGUGUCUCCGAAGAGCAUUUGUCACAAGUCGGGAGCUCGAUACCAGCAAUGCACGUUUCUUCGAGGUCGUUGCCGAUGCGAUCUCCAGCGGUGCGGCUACUACCUUCAGCUUCGCCCAAGUCGUCUGCCUCGGCUUGUCGAACCUUUGUCACCCACUCCUGGAGAUACGCCGCCAAGCCUUCAAUAUCCUCGAGAUGGUCCACGAGCAAUCUGCUGGCAUCAUCUCUCUCUCCCAGUAUGAUGCUGCUGUCGGGAGUGCAGCUCCUAGCACCUAUCUUUACGCCCAACGGCUCAUCUCGGACGUACUGGCCGGCGAACAUCCGGAGCAAGCAGUGAAGGUUCUUACCCAGCUAGCAAUCUGGAUUCCGAGUGUCUUUGACAAUCGCCCUGAGCGUGGAGUCUUGCUGCUCUUGCAGAGCCUCGAGCACUGGGUUCCGAACAUCGAUCUCAUGAGCGAUGACAAGACGGAGCUCUCGAGGGACGGUCGCAUCACCAUCUACCAUCUGAUGGCGCUUACCCUACGUUAUUCGGAGAUAUACUCGGAACAAGUCCUUGUCCUCUGGAUGCGGCUCGUUGAUGCUCCCAACCAGUCGAACGGCCAGGCGAUCAUUCGCUUCCUCCUUGAGCAAUCGCACAAGGUCGGCAGCACGAUAUUCCUCAGUUGUGCUGCGAAGAUCGUAGCAUGUCUCGCUCAAAGUGCCAUCGGCAGACAGAUAGUCGAGGAGCUAUGCAGUGUCGUGGAGCCCGCGCGUAUGCUCCCAAGUAUCGAGCAUAAGCUUGCCCCUCCCUCUGACGAAGACCUGGAGCUAUGGUCCGACCUCGACAUGCUGUUCUCCGAGAAACCGCGACUAUCCCUUGGUGUCGCUCAGUUCGCCCUCUUGUUCCUCUCCGAAACGGCCCUAGAGCGUUAUUGGGAGUUCCAGGACCAACUCCCCGUGCUAUUUCACGCGUUGUUCAUGCACCUCGAUCACCGUCAGCCGGCUGUUCAGCUUCGGUGCCGCCACAUGCUCUUCCAGCUUCUCCGCUCAUGCCUUACCGGAUACGACGAGCUCUCCGAUCGGUCGCUGCUCCGGUCACGACCGGAGCUCAAAGCCAUGAUCAAAGACUUGGAGAAGGAGGUCGAGACUAGAUUAUGGAAGGAGGACGACAACGCGGACGAAGCGGAGCCGAAGCUGAGAUGGCUAGGGAAUGCUGUGCUCACGCUUGUCGAGCCGCUGCACCCUCGGCUUUCGGAGCAAUGGGGCACCCUCGCGCUGACGUGGGGAACGGCGUGCUCAAUACGGCCCGUCGCGUUUCGCUCACUGCAGCUCUACCGAGCGCUGAUGCCUCGCAUCGGGCCGACGCAUAUAAGUAUGUUGCUGGGUCGUCUUGCGAACACCGUUGCAGACGAAGAUCACGCCAUCCAAAGCUUCAACGUCGAGAUCAUCUCCACCCUAUCCGCGCUGGCGUCAUCUGGUGACCUCGAGCCAAAUCAAUUUCCUCAGCUCUAUUGGUGCGCUGUGGCCUGCUUAUCGACUACCGUGGAAGCCGAGUUCCUCCACUCUUUACGUCUACUCGACACGGUGCUGACGCGCAUGGACCUGAACGAUUCGCUCACCGCGGAGCUUCUGCUCCAAUAUAUGCCCGUUAACUGGAACGGCCCGAUGACGAUGCAGGCCAGCCUGCUCAGGGGCAUGCGUUCCUCCGUUACCUCUGAGCUGACGCUCAAAAUCCUGCAGCGCUUGACGACGAUCGAGGACUCUAGGUUAAUUGAUCAGUCAGAAGGCCGCGUCCGGGACCUGUACACCCUUUCCUUGCCGUGGUGUCUUCAUGCCAUGUCUGAGGACAUCAAGGACGAGUCGUUGUCGGAGUUCGCCCUCAACAUCAGUCGUUUGGCCGAACAGGAGGAGCGACCAAGCAUUGAGCGCAUCAUGGUUUCCUUCGCGAAAGGACGCUUCCGCACGAAAGACGACUUCUUACGCCAAUCCGUGGCGAGUCUACGGGAGCAUUACGGUAUCGAUCACUGGACGGAGGUCAUCACACUCCUGAUGGGGCUGGUCUUGAAUAAGCAACGCUGGCUCCAGAUCCACACCAUGCAGAUUCUGAAGGUGCUCUUCCAACAGCGCGAGACGAAGAACCAGGUGGAUCGUUUAGGGUCGGAGUUGCUCAUGCCUCUCCUUCGCCUCCUAGAGACAGAUCUUUCCUCCCAAGCCCUAGACGUCCUGGAUGAGCCCAUGCAGAUCUCCGGUGGUCCCGCUGCUAAGCAUGUGUUGCGCAUGUCGCUACAUCAUCACCUACGUGCGAACGCCAAGGAGGUCGAGUCUGUUGCAGAGAUUUUCGGCAUACCGCAGGAGUCAGGCUGGUGCGUUCCGCACACGAGCGAGCUGCGCGGCACCUGCCGUGCAAACGUCGUCGCCGUCUUCGACCUGGGGAAGGGCAAUCUGCGGCCUUCGCGAAUCGACUUCCAGCCCGAUGAGGAGCUCGCCAUGCUACACAAUCCGCUGGAGGAUGACCUCGGCGAUAUGGUCCAAGACCUGCACGAACUCAGCAGCUACUUCCAAGAGGUGCCGGGUGCCGGCUCCGUCCCGCAUCGACAACUAGAGGCGCGUGUGGCGGCGAUCCUGGCUAAGUCCACUGACGCGGUGGACUCCGUCCCGCAGACACCAUUUGUGGACGUCUUCAACGUUGGGGGCCUGUCUCCCACGUACGAGGAUUCAGAGGACUCGGACACCGAUACCGAGUCGGAUCUGUUUGAAUACGACUCACCCAGCUUCGCGCGGUUCAUGAAUCCAAAUGCUGCACAUAGCUCACACUAAUAUUAUCUGUCAGUACUUGCACUGUCUUGCUUUCGUUCUGCCUCGCACCCUGUCUUUCGCUUCAGCAUCGCCCAUCUCUACACGAUCACACUGUACAGUAUCCCACAGACAAGUACUACUCCCUGGAUCUUCGCAAAGUUUGUAAUAUCUUUAUCACACCUUAGACUAGCAUCAUGUGCUACGCCGUUCCUUUGAAAUCUAUCUGAGGCUUUU